AUGCCCCUCGUCAGGAGCAACGAUGCGCCGGACAGCGCCGAUCCAGUGAGGUCCGGCGCCAUAUUCGGUCUGGUGCCGUCCACCGGUGCACCGCCUCACGAUGCGCAUCCUGGAAGCCCCGGCGGAGGGUUCGGGGGCAGCCCGUACGGCGGCGGGGGCUCAUACGGCGGCGAUACGCGCGAGACGCAGCAGUACACCGACUACCAGAACAUGGGUAACGGUUGGGUCCAGCGCACGCGCCGCAGCACCGUGGAGCGCGUGAUCGAGCGCGUGCACACCGACGUCGACGAGAUGGUCCCGAUGCGAGGAGGCGCGGGCGGCGCACACCUUCACGGCGGCGGCGGCGGAGGCCUCGUCCCACACGGCGGCCCCGGAUCCAACGGCUGGCUCAACGGCGAGCUCGCCAGGCAAGUGCACAGCAAGUUCGAGGACAUGGUGCGCCAGUCCCCGGCGCCGACUCGCGCGGAGAGGUCCGCGUACGACGAGCUCGUGCGAUCGUUUCCACCGCCGGAAUCGCGCGGGCGGCUGGCGCUCGGAGACGGCUCCGGCAUAGAGCGUGAACCUCAACCCGGGAUCGUCAGCCCGACGGGGGGGUACGCGGCGCCGUGGAUGAACGGCGGCGGCGGCGGCGGCGGCGCGGGCGGCGACGGGCGGUACCCGUCGCGCCUGGGCCACAACACAGCUGGCGACGGCGACAACACAGCUGGCGGGGUUGAUGCCAACGGCUCGCCCGCCGAGCGAAGCAUCUUCUCCGACCUCAAGUCCCCGCCGCCGUCGAUGCGAAGGGCAUCGGGCGGGGGUGGUUCCGGAUCGGGGUUCACGCUCGACGACCUCAUCCUCCGCAAGAAGGGCCCGGACGCGGCGGCGGCUCGAGGCGCGAUAUUCUCGCCGCCCCCGUCGCCCCCCGGGGGCCGGGGCCGGGGCCGCGGCCGACGCGGGCGCAAGCCGGGCGCCGGCGCCGGCGCCAAGAAGCCGAGUCCCCCGCCAGAACCCUCGGAGUCGUCGUCUGAGUCCGAGGACGCCGACGAGGACGCCGACGACGACUACGUGUCCCCGGCGGGGGUCGAGGGGGGACGCGACGCGUCUUCGCCGCUCGAGAAACUCGCAAGGGCGGCGGAGAAGAGGGGCGCGACGCGAGCGGGCGCGUCACCGCGCGUCACCGUUGGAAAAUCGCCAGCCAAAUCGCCCGCGUCCUUAACCGCUCGCGCCGCGCGCCGCUCGUACCGCAUCGGCGACAGCGACAGCGACGACGACGGGAACAAGAUCGCCGCUGUUCGAGCGGGGCGUACAAAACCCAGCACAGGCGUCGGCGGUAACAAGCGUGGCUCGCGCGAGGCGAGGCAGCUCCUCAUCGCCGCGCAGCGCAUGGCGAGGGUGACCGGCGGCGGCGGCGCGGGUGCCUCGGGGGUGGUCGCGACGGCGACGACCCCGGCGGCGGCGUCCCCGUCGGCACUCCGGGGCGCGGGUACUCCGGCGUCCGUCGGCGGGAGGAGCGGCGGGAGGAGCACGCGCGAGCGCAGAGCGCCGAGCGCGUUCUGGCUCAACGAGGACGCCAAGCGUAAGGAUCCGUUCGCGACGACGGCGACGCCGGCGGCGACGUCGGCGGCGGCGGAGUCCAAGAAGACGGCGGCGAGGGCGAAGCCCGGUCCGAAGGCGAAGAAGCCGGCGGCGAAGAGGGGAAGGCCCAAGUCGAAGGCCAAGCCGGCGGCGAAGAGGCGGCGGGACGACGACGACGACGACGACGACGAUGACGGCGAGUCGUCUUCAUCGGAAUCCGAGUCCGAGUCCGAGUCUGAGGAGUCGGAGGAGGAGGAGACGCUCGAGGCGCGCGCGGCGAGGACGUCCGCGGUGAAGAAGUCCGUGGCGAAGAAGUCCGCGGUGAAGUCUCCGGCGAAGAGGCCGAGGGGUCGAAGCCCGACGAAGGGGCCGACGCGGGCUCGACCCGCGAAGAAACCCUCGAAGAGUCUGGCGGUGUAUUCAGAGUCUGAGGAUGCGACGGACGAGGACGAGGACGAGGAGGACGAGGAGGACGAGGACGAGGAGGACGAGGACGACGACGUCCCUCCGCCGAAGGGGGAUGACGACACGGAGGAAUCUGACGGCGACGACACGGAGGAAUCGGACGAAGAUUCCGAGGACGACACCCCGCUGGCGUCGAGGUACAAGGGAAAGCCGUCCAAGGCGGCGGCGUCGCCCAAGGGGAAGAAGCCUCCUCCCGCCGCGAAGCCCAAGCCCAAGCCCUCGCCCAAGCCGGCCAAGCCCUCGCCCGGGAAGGGUAACCGGCGGCACUCCGCGGAGCACGCAGCCGCGCUCGUCAGCGCCGAGAUCAUGGGCCGGAAGACGAGCAUGGCCCGCAGGUUCGGCUUGAACGUCGCCCGGGUCGUCGACUCGGAGGCGGAGUCGUCGGAUGACGACGAGGAGGAGGGCGAGGAUGACGACGACGCCGGUCCGCCGGGGUCGACCCCCACGGACAGAUCCUCGGACCGGACGGAGGCGUCCUCCCCGGCGACGGCUACGACGGACGCGGACGGGGGCGCCGCGGACACCACGGACGCGGACGAUACCCCCGCGACGAAGGGGUCGGCGGGAGGGCAACCCCCGCGGAGCAUCGAGAAGGGCAAACGCGGGGGUUGGAGGCCCGGCGCGGGCAGGCCGAGGAAAGUUUAUGACCCGAACGAUCCGACUCCGCGGAAGAGGCGAAGGCUCCCGGGGGAGCCGCCGCGCAAGCGCGGCAGGCCGCGCAAGCACCCCACCGCGGAGGACAUCGAGGCUGGGCACAUCCGGCGAAAGCCGGCGAGCGCAGAGGAGAAGGCGGCGGCGCUGCGGAGGCUCGCCGGCGGCAUCGGCGGCAUCUUCGGCCAGGACGUCGCCGCUCCAAAGCCGCGGGGUAGGCCCAGGAAGGACGGUUCCUCCAAGAGCGCUCCGCCGAAGCCCUCCGGGGCGGAUAACAAGCCUGCCCGCGAGACUCCCGCGCCGGCGGUGAGGGCGAACGCGAUCAGCACCGAACGAUGGGCGGCUCGGGUCAAGAAGGCGUUUGCCGGGGGGAACGCGGAGGCUUCUCACCCGGAUUCGCCGCCGCGGAGGCGCGAGGUUUCCUUCCCGGAGAACGAGGGCGAGGGCGCCGCCGGGGCGGAACCGCGAGAUGGAGCCGCGAGUGCCCCGAGGAGUGCGCCGCCGGCGCCGCCGCCGUCCGGCCGGUACGGAUCGGACCGCGAGAACGAGCAGGUUUCCGCCGCCAAGUCCUCGCGGCGCAAGUCCAUCCUGCGGACGCUGGGCAAGUCGCUGGGCGAGGAGAACGAGAGAGACGCGAGGCGAAACGCGCUGGACAGGCGAUACAGCGACGUCCCCGAGUUUGAGGUGUUUGGGUUUCAGGGUACGCCCGAGAAGGGCGGGGCGGCGAGCCCGGACUUUGGCGGGUCACCCGGGCUGUUCACGGCAAAGUCACCGGGGGGUUUGAUCAGCCAGUUAGACACGGACACCCCGGUGACGUCGCCGGUGCGAUCCUCUCCGAGACUUCGCGGUUGA